AUGGCAACAUCAUCACCUCCACAACAACAUCAGAAUAAACAACAAUCAAUGUCAUCAUCACCAAUAAUGAAUAUACUCAAUCAAUCUACUUCAGUAGCGGCAGCAGCAGCAGCAGCAGCAACAGGAUACGACACGAUGAUGGAGUCAUUGCCAUUAUUGAUUAGAAACAUACCUUUGACCUCAUGGCCAAAGGCCUGCCAGCCACAUUCAAUGAUAAAGUGUGCCAUCAGUGAUGGUGCCGUCUCGACCUUUAUUGCAGUGCUCAGUGGCAGUGAUGCCCAGCAGAAGAAACAAUUACAGGUACUCAAUAUUGGAGGCGUGGCAUCAAGUCUAUCAUUGAGCUACCGCCGCAGCAGCGCAUCCAAUGAAAUGGAUUUGAUCUCAUCGAUUGCCGCGUCGAGCUCACAGAAUGUGGACACCACUUUGAACAAUGUCGAGCUCACUACGUUGGCCGAGCUGACCAACAGCUCGAUGCUGGGCGUUGACGCCGCCCACUCAAUCACCCAGUUCCAAUGGUGUCGUCCACUUCCCCUGCACUCGACCAUCGCGCUCUACGCCAGCGAGGCAGAGGCCGCACAUGACACACCGGCCAUCCUGGCCUUCACAUCGAUAUCCAACAACAAAACACGUCUACACAUUGUGUCCAUCUUCCCGGAGCACUCUAUCGCUCUGAACAAGACUGCGGCGGGCUUGCUCAAGCGACUCAAGAAGCCACUCAGUGUCAUUUCAUCCGACUCCAAGGACUUGUUCACCUCAUCCGCUAAGCUGUUCAGCUCUGGAUCCUUCCAAUGUCACUCAUACGUGAUUGAAUACAACAGUCUCAUGGCACUCAUUGAGGUCGAGCCAUCAUCAGGUAUGCAGUCGACUGAGAUCGACACCCCUGCCUAUCCACAAACAUACUGA